UCUAUGAAAAGAAAUCUGUAAAACGAGGUGUGCUUCUAUAAGCAGAACAAAUUUGCAAAAUUUUGCAAAUAAAACAAAUUUAUUUUACAAAAAAAGUGUUAAAAUUGAAAAUUUAUUUAAAAUUGUAUACAAUUUGAAGAAAAUUUUAACUAAGAAAUAAAAUAAAAGGCAAAGAAAUAAUUAAAGAAAAAAAGCACGCGUCUCAAUGACGUCGUUAUUGAUGGUGUCUGCCUGCAGUGUGUGUGAAAAGAAAAUGAUAUAGAAGAAACAAAAUGUGAAAAAAAUGAUGUAAAUUAAUAGGCAGUUGUUGUAAAUGAAAAAAAAAAUAAGUUUUAUUAAAAAGAAAUAAAUAGUGUAAAAGAAAGUUUUUCAAAAUGAAUCCCACUGCUACAAAUGACAGCAGUGAGGUAGCCUCCAGUGUGUUACCUAGUACAGCUAAUGAAGCUGGCUCUGAAGCCAACAAUGCCACAACAGCUGUAGUAUCUAAUAGCAGCUCCAAGCCUAAUGCAGAAGCUGUUUCAGGACCUGCUGUAAGCAACGAAAGUAAUUGUUUGACUACUACGGCUAAUGCCCCCAUCAAGCGUAUAAUACGUCAAGUAACACCUGGUGUAAAUCCAACAGAGACUCCGAGUCCUGUUACAACCAGUAGUAAUCUGCCUGCAACACCUACCGGUGGCUCUCAAAAGCGUGUUAUACGCAAAAUAACCCCUAUUGAUCCGAAAAAAUUACAACAGGCCGGUUUAGAUCGUAAAAUAGCAGAAGCCUUAAGUAAACAAAAGUCCCUGCAGGCCCCUAAUAAAACAACAAAUCGCAUUUUAAAUAACCAAACAAAAGUAACUCCCACAGUUUCCUCUGUGGCCGCUACAAAUGUAACAAAUACAGUGAAACUACAAACAAAACCUUUAAAUACUGAAGAACAACCUUCACCAGCUAAACCUUUAUUACUGGCUAAAAAUAUAAUACCACCAAAAAUUACCAUAACGGCACCGGAUCCACAACCAGAAUUGGAUACACCUGAAUUGGCUGGUUUAAAUUCCCAACAACGUUUAGUGCAUGUUAAAAAUUUACUAAAUAAAAAGUUAAUGGAAAAGAAAAACUCACCAAAUAAUGACAAACCUAAAAUGUAUAUACAUUUAAAACCACCAGCACCCUUAACGGGCAGCCCUAUAACGGCCUCAAGUCCUUUAGGACCAAAAUUACCCAUGAAACCAUUAAGUGCCAAGAAAGACACACCUAACCGCUCAUCAGCAACAGAUCCCAGAGGUUAUACUGUUUUAAAAGAACCAGAAAUAUCGACCCCUCCCUUAAAGCCAUACAAAACUAAAACUCCUCAAAAAUCUCCUCAAGAUAUAGCCCGAAAAUUAGAUUUCCAAAUGGAGGAGGAAUUGAAAAUAACACAUCAACAGCCGGCAAAAAGAACUUAUAUAAAGUUCAAUAUGACAGAUAAAGUGGCAGUUAAAACAGCACCCUAUUAUGGAAAUGAUGCGAAUAAAAUUGACACGGAUAUCACGGCUUUAAAGGCACAACAUGGAGCCACAAAUGUAAUACCAAAAGCUGCCAUAAAGGCAGGACAGCAUCAACAGCAGACCGAUAAUAAUACACCAGGUUUUAGACCUUACGAACCCACUGGACUUAAGCUAAACUCUCAGGAUAAAAUGUCUCCUACAACAACCAAUAUGGCCACAGAUUUCUCCACACAAACUAAGGAUAUAAACAAAAUUCCCAAAGCCACCAUAAAAACUGGACAGCAGCAAUCACCAAUCACUAGCUUAGAUACUAAUACAACACCUAACUUUAGAUUUUUCCAGCACGCAGAACAAAGUCUUAUAAUUCCAAACUCAACUGAUGUGAUUCCUCUAAGAACUCCCUAUAUGGCAGCUAAUGCAGCAGCAGCAACCUCAGCAAAAUCUAACUAUAAUCAAUCGCCUUUACAAACAGCCCAAAAUAUACGUUAUUUCCAAAAUCUAGAACAUAGAACAGACUAUUCCCAUAAUAUGCCCACAAAAACACAUUUUCCCAUAACAAAUAUGGCGCCGGAUUAUCAAAGUGAAUAUUUAAAACAACAGAGAAUAACUUAUCAGCCCAAAAGUUCAACAACAAGUGACUACAGUGAAAUACCCAAAGCCGCCAUAAAGGCGGGUAAUAGUAGCCAACAAUACUCCUAUUUACCUUAUAGUUAUAAACAACUUAAACAAUCGGAACAAAAGAUAGACUUUCCAGAAGUUUCUCCACUUAAAACACCAUUUCCUACAGUUAAUGUACCUAAGGAAACACCUUUGCCGACCAUAGACUCCUUUAAAAAGCCUUAUCCUUUGGUUAAUGCAGCUGCCUACUAUGAUUUGCAGGCACAAAAUCAAAAUUUACAUAAAAUUUUACCACCAACGGACUAUAUAAACAGCAACUAUGAGUCCUUGUAUACCCAGGCCAAUUCAACAUCACUAAUCAACAAUAAUAUACUGACUAAUGCGCUAGAGGCAAAUGAAAAUGUUGUGCAAACGGAGGCAGAGUCUAACAACUCUCCUAAUGCUAAUUGUUUAAUUGUUUUGGAAAAUAAAAUUCUUUCACAAGAUGAAAUGAUAGAUUUGACCGAACUACGCUUGUCUAACAGUAAUACACCACGUUUUAUUAAUCCCCAUAAACCCAUACCGGAACUGGUUAUAAAACAAGAAAAAGCUGAUGAGUAUCCAGCCACAAAUACUCCUCCUUCGGCGCUAAAUACUAACCAGGAAACAACAUUAAACCAAAUUGAAAUACCUCCAGAAAUAACAACAGAUAACAAGGGAAAGCCUUGCGAUAAAGUGGUUAUAACUAAUGGUCCCAAUAAAAAAAUCAUUAUAAAUGCCCAAAAACUUAAAUUGCCUCCGGAACAGUUGGCAGAUUUGGCCAAAAAGAUAAAGGCCAGAACAGCGGCCACAUCACCGGCCACAUCACCGGCCUCCAAACAAGAAAAUAAACCCUCAGAUAUGCGCAUACUUAAUACUAAGGCCGGUAUAAGAAAAGUUUUAACACCGCUUAGUAGCAAACAUGCAGCCUAUGUUUUGCCUAAAAAUACCGCAACAGAAAAAACUAAUUCAGAAAUUUCAACAUCCAAUAACAAUCAUAUAAUAAACAAUAAAGCAAACUAUACAGAUCAUAACUAUCAGUUAAAAUCGAAACAAAAUUAUGUUCAACCAAAUAUUGCAGCAAAAAGUUUCUUAAACAAAGAAUGUGAUUUAAAAUCACCGAAUAAAGUUUCAACUGAGAACACUGAAACGGACUCAAACAAAUCUGCGGAUAUUAGUUUGAUACAAGUUAAAGAAGAACCUAAAACUUUGGAUAUUAAUGAUAAAACACAAGAAGAUUCUUGUGACUCGGCAAACUUUGAAGCUUCUACUUAUAUAGAUUCUAGCUUUUCUGAUUAUCGCCAAUCGGCUGUAGAAAUUAUCGAUGAACCUAUGGAAACUGAGGAUUGUUUUUCGGCUGUAGAUUUCAUAACAGCCCUCAACAAUACCAAUCCCAUAACAGAGGAAACUAGUUUAGAAUUAUCUCCGGAAGAGCUUAAUCUAAAUGCUUCUUGUACCAUGAAUAAUUUUUCACCUUUACGCAUACAAUCCUAUCCACCACAACGUCACCGAACCACAUCAGCUACUUUCAAAGCUUACGCCACAAAUCCUGAACAAAUGAGCACUAUAGUGAUAGAAAGUUCUAAGGGACCCGAGACAAUAUUAACCAAUGAGAGUCCCAAUAAGUAUGGAGCUUUGCAAAAGGUUAAGCUUUUAAAUAAUAUGGGUAUGUGUGAUAUGGAUAUAGAAAAACCGGAGGACAAUAAGAGUGAAGAAACUUCUGAUUCUCGUAAACAGCAGCAUUUGGUUUUAGAGCCUCUGAAAGAGCCUAAAAAUAUAGAUUUAACAAAUGUUAUAGUAGCCAGUGAUCCAAAUAAAAUAAAACUAAUAAUUUCACAAGUUUCACAAGGGAAAGAGGGUGAGAAUUUGAAUGCGAAUAAAUUAGCUUCCCCUAAAAAGUUGAAUAGUCCUAGGAAAGCUCAAACUUUGGCAACGAAAUCCUCAAAUGAAGACAAUAACUUAACAAAAGUUAAUGAAACUGCAAGUAAACAAUCUAAUGAUUUGACCACUUCUAAAGAAGUAGCAACGAAUCUUACAAUUAUACCAACAAAAUCGAGUGAUAAAGUUGAGGAACCAAAAGAGAUUACAGUUACCAGCAAAUCCUCAACUGAAGAAACACAAUUGAAGGAAUCAAAAGCCUCAAAAGCUGAAACAAUUGCUCACUCCUCUCCUCUAAAAGUAACAAAUUUGAAAUCUAUAUUAAAAUCUCCCAUAAUAGAUGUAGACCUACAGAAAGAUAAUUCUAACUCGACAGCCUCUAAGGAGACUUUAAUAACAAAACCUGCAGAAGCAGAUAAUUCCGUAAAGAGCUCCAAUAUUCAACAAACUUCCAUGGAAUCUGAGGCUACAAAGACAAGUGAAGCUGCAACAGCAUCAAUCUCCUCUACCGCGGUAACUACAAAACGUAUAUCCCGCUUUAAAAAGGGUAAAAUCAAUUUGGUGCAACGUAAUAAAGCUCCAGCUCAAAGUACAAAUAAACCACCAACUGUGGAUAAUGAUAACAAAGUUGAUCAUGAAAGUAAGUCUAAAGAACCUCUAGAUGAACCAGCUAAAGAGGAGAAGAGAGCAGAAGAGGCAGAAGUUAAUCAAGAAUCGAUAAAAUCAGAUCGAAGUCCAACUAAAAGUAGCGCUAACACGUCAACAAAAUCCGCACAACUUCAACAAGGAGAAGAAAUAUUACUUGAAGGAAAACCAACCUCCCAAAUUGCAGAUAAACAUAAUGAGUCGGAAUCAAAUGUAACCAAAACUACUGCUGAUAAAGAGAACCAGGAAAAAGUAGAAACUUCUAAUAAAAACAUCGACAAAUCUGAAGACUCUACCAAUAAACCAACAGUUACUGAAGGUAUGACAAAUGAUUCAGCUAAAACAUUAGAAAACAGGGAGGUUAUAAAUGAAGCAACACCUACAGACAUGUCUUCAGAUACAGCCCCUAGAAGUCCUGAUAAAAACACUUUAAUAGCGGAAACUAAACAGAAAGAUGCUAAAUCUCCACAAAAGCGCAAAACUCAAGAUGAAGGAGAUCAUUUACCAGAUAUUUCUGAAGUUACACCUGAAAAGGUACAAGCUACGAAUUCUGAAGUUAGCAAUGAACUUGAAAAUGUCAGCAAAAGUCCCGAGAAGCUACCAAAAUCAAGUGAAAUCUCGGAAAUUUCAACGCCUCAAAAGUCUCCUCAGAAUAUAGCCAGAAAACUAGAUUUUGAAACAGUUAAGGAGACAGAAGAAGCUUUAGAGCAAGAACAAGCCAAAGAAUCUAAAACAGUAGACACUAAUCAUGAAGAAAGCAGAAGUACAAAACUUCAGCAAGAUGAGGCUGUUAAUACAACACUCGAACAAACUUUAUGUCACCACAAACAGCACGAUGAAGAGUCUAAUGCUGCCGAAACUAAUGAAAACUUAAUUGAAAUUAAUGAAAUUCAAGAUAAUAUUGAAAAUAUUUCAUAUGGAAAUAUUGCAAAGCAAAAACAAGUCAAUAAAAAUGAAGAUUUAGAUCAGGGAUCUAGAAAUAUCUUAAAGAGCAUGAGAAAUGCUAAAGUAUCGCUUAUAGACAUAGUAAAACAUUCCCCGAUAAAAACGCCCGAACUCAAACCAGUGAUACCUUUUAAAAAGAAAACACCUGAAACUAAGGAUCCAGAAAAUGAAACUAAAGGCAUUAAAACUUUAAUAAAACAACUGAAGAGUCAUAAUAAAGAUAAGGAAGUUGAAGAACCAGAAGAAGAUAAAACUAAGGAAACUGCAGAAGCACCAGAAACUAGUGUAAAAGUUAAUAGAAGAAGUUUAACAAAAGUUAAUGAUGAAAAUCAAAAUGCUACCAUUGUACACAGCAAAAGAUGUACAAGAUUAAGUUUAAAUGAAAAAACUAUUAUCGCAACCACCACAGCUGCAAAACCAGCAGGCAACUCGAGAAAAAGACAUUCCACUAGACCGCUUAUAAGUGAUGACGACUUGGAAUUUUUACCCGUAAAUGCAGAAGUUAAAUUUAAACUUUCUAAAUCGAAAUCGAGCAGCGAAAAGGAUAAAACACCUGAUGCAGCUACAAAUGACAUAACAACACCCACUUCCACUUCCACGCUUACCAACCGCAGAACACGUCUUUAUUCCAAGCCAUUGGAAAUGGAUUUAUCCAAGCAUUCCUCUCCUUCAACUAAACGUACACGUUAUUAUUCUCAGACGUUGGAAACAAAUGUUACAAUUAGUUUCGAUGCCUUAAAGUCUGAUACAACUGCCAAUGUUUCUAGUCCCUUAAAUCGUUUAAAAACCUUUGGAUACGAAGAUUCUUGCCAUGAUAGUACACAAGAUUCUAACAAAUUAACACCCACCAGACAGCGUAAAAAGUUGCGUAAAACUUUGGAAGAUAUUAAGAAAUCGCAAAAGUCUCAUACGGAUACCGAUUCCGAGGAUGAGCGUGAUUUUGAUGAUUCCUGUCUGAAAGAUUGUGAGGAGGGUAGUGCAUUUUUGGGAUUUGAAGAAAAUAAUGAUACAAGUUUUAAAAAUACUCCAACAACUAAUAAGCAAAAGGAGACUAACGAUAAACUGGCAAAAACCAAAGGUAGCACUAUGAAAAAUUGGCUUACUACUGGUAAGGCCAUAGCACCAACGUUAGAGGAAGAGCACAUAACCGAAAGAAUACGGCAUGAUGAUGAAUUACCCGCAAGAACUCGAAGUAGUGCUAGUGGAGGUCUAAAACCAUUCAAAAAACGUUGGGAUCUAACUAGCAAUCGCCAUGAAGAGACUGAUAUUACCGAUGAUACAUCACCAGCUGAUGAUGAAGAUGAGAGUGCUGCUGAACAGAUAACAACUAUUAGAAAAUAUAAACGUGGCAUUAAAAAUGUGAUUGAUAGUAAUAAGGAACUAUUAGACAGUAAGAAACUAAAAUUAGAUGAAACAUUAGAGAAAACGCCCGAACAUAGAUUUAUUAAACCUCGACAUUUACGUACAAUGUCGAAAAAUUCUGGUACAGAUUCCGAAAGUCAUGAUGAAAGAUCUACAAAAACAUCACAGACAAGACUUAGGAUAAGAAAUUUUCAAGAAAACUUAGCAACUAGUGCUAAUUCAAAAAAUUCAGACCACGAUUCCGAAAAAUUCCAAGUUGGGGAAACUGUAAAUGAAACUUCUGCAACAGAUUCGGAUAACCCAGAGCGUAGAACUUCCAGACGUUCUAGAUGUCAGGUCAAAGAUGUGGAUAAAUUAAAUGAAACUUCUGGUACUGAGUCCGAUAGGCAUCGAGGCAAAGACACAAGACGUAUGCCACCCAAAGUUAGAAGAAAUGACAAAACUAUAGAAAAACAUUCCGGGAAUUUUGCAAUAGACUCUGAUUGUCAAGAUAAAACUGAAACGAGACAACACAAGUCUCAAGAGAGAGUUAUUAAGAAUACUGAAGAUAAAAGCUUAGAAUAUGCUAAGGAGUCUGACUCUGAUAAUCAAGAAGCAGGAGGAUCGAAACGUUUGCAAUCUAAAACUAAAGAUAAAGAUGCAGACAAUUCUCUGAAAGCCAAUAAUUCUAGCUCCGAUUGCCCUAAUAGCACAGAAACAUCACCAUUAAAGUCUAAAAGUACGGUGGAUAGUAAUCAUAACAUCAACAAAGAUCUAGAGAAAGCAACAGGCAAAGGUUUAACACCUAAAAAGGACUCGCAAGACUCCGAAAUUUUGAAAUCCAAAGAAAAAGCGGAAAACAUAGAUAUAAGUCACAAAAGCCAAAGCUUUGAAUCUAAUGAAUCGAAAAGUAAAAGGGCAAAGAGUUUGAAAUCCAAACACACGACAGAUGAUGAUAUGGAACAAAAGUUGGACAUUACAGAAAAGCACGACGAGCUUGAUAAUUCCAAGAACAAAGAUAAGUCAACAAAAAAAUCAUCAAAAGAUUCAAAAAAUGAAAUUAACACCCCUAAACUUUCAAAACAAGAAGAUAUUUCCACAACUAUUCCGGAAACAUCAACUAUUAAAACACCACAAAAUAAAACGAGCAAGAAAAAAGCGGGAAAAACUAAAGUGAAGACUGAACAAAUAUCUAAUACGCCCACGAUUGAAGAUAACUUAAAAGACACACCAAAAACUUCAGUAGUGAGGGCAUUAAAGAGAUCCUUAAGUACGGAUUCAUCUGACGAUGAGAUACCCACACCAUUCGGCAAAAAACGUUCGCAAAAAAAUCAUCCAAAACGAAAACUUAAAAUUGAAGAUUCUGACAGUGAUUCUACAGCAACACCUCUUAAGAAAGACAAUGGCAAAGAAAAUAAUAUAGAUAAUUUAACACCUAUAACAACUCCACGUUUAGCACUGGUUAAAAAUGAGACUCCAAGACAAGAGCAGGUAGAAAACCGAAAAAACUUUGCAGAAUGCAAUUUUAAUUCUCGUCUAUUGCUAAUAACAAAAAGAGAACAACUCGACACAGAAGAGGUUUUAACUGGAUCUAAUAUAGGAAGUGGACCCAAAUGUGGUCUUUGUUUGAAUCGCACUUCUAAAUGGACGUUACAUUUAGCGGAACAUUAUGGUGUAGGCUGGCAAGAUGGCCAAGAGAUGUUGAAAACCGUUCCGUGUUUUAAUUGCAUUCUUAAUUAUUUGAAAAAGACCGGAUCAAAAGGUCUGGCUUGUCGCAUGUGUAAAAAGGAAUAUCGUUCCGGCUUGGGUAUGUUAACACAUAUCGAGUCAUGUGGUGCACAAAUUGAACGUGUUAUAUGUGAAUAUUGUAAAAGGGAUUAUGCGCCAUCCACACUGCCAAUUCACGUGCGAUCUUGCUAUGCUAAAAUUGCACUUGAACAUCCAUCAAACGAUAACAAAUUAGAAGAAAAUAUUGAUAAACAUGAAGAAGUUUUUGGUAACACGGGUCGCUUAAAACGAAACUCCACAAUUAAAGCUGAAAAUAAACUUAAAGUUUUGGGGGAGGAGUUGGAAAAAGUAGGGGACACUACUAAAAACGAUAAAACGGACAUCGAUCCGAAAUCACGCAUUAGAUAUGUGGCACCAUUAGAUGAAGAAAACAUCACUAAAAAGUGGUCUCAAGAUAUUAAAAAUUUGGGCAAGGCCGUCUGUCCAAAGAAACGUUGUAAAUUUAGUAGCAACGAUUUAAAAGAAUUAUCUGAUCAUAUAAAAAAUUGUAAACAUAUAAAAUCGGGGUAUUUUUGUAAUUUCUGUCGUCGGCGAGCAUUUAAAACUGAAAAAGAAGCCGUUGAACAUGUAAUAAAAAGUCACAAGGGAGGACGUAGGAAAUCCGAUGAUUCGGAUUGUAAUUUAAAAACCGAUGAUGAACAAUCUUCCGAUGAUAAUGAUCUAUCCGAAGGUGUUGAUGAAAAUGAAGUUGAUUUUGAAGCUAGCGAGGAGGAUAAUGAUUAUGAUGAUGCUGCUGAUUAUGGUAAAAAGGGUAGAAAGAAACAAAGUAAAAAAUCUUCUAAUAAAAUGGAAAUCAAACAAAUUAUCAAUCAAGUCGUAAAAAAGUAUGAAGGUCGCUCCAAUGAUGUCACUAGGGACGUGUUUGCCAAAUGGAAGAACUUCUUAAAACUAAACUAUACCAGUGAACCACUCUAUAACGAAUUUACAACCCAGUAUUCGGUUCUAAACCAACAAGACUUUAAGAAAUAUUUACCAAGCAAACAAUUUCAUGAAAUUAAUUUCAAAACUAAAGCAGCCUUAACUCCCGUAAUUGGUGAGCCACAAACAAAUAUCGAAUGGUCUGAAUUAAGAAGAUAUGAAAGCAUUCAUAAUAAAUAUGACACUUAUUACUUUUUGGGGGCUCCAAUAAAACUAUGCUCCUGGCUGCCUUUACCCGCCCACGUCAAUGAACAAUAUCUAGCGGUAGUCUAUCGUCAAGAUAUGUUUAAAUUUGUUAAAUUUACUCAACCUACACAACAUCAUACUGUGAUUUUAAUAAUGAAAGUAACGCAUAAGAAUCAAAAACCCCAAAUAGAUAUACAUUAUGGUUUAGUGGUGCCCGAUGGUCCGGUACAUCAUAUUUCAUUUUUACCAAGUGGAGGUUAUGAUGAAUCAUCCAAUCGUUUAGGGUUAGUAGCUGUGGCCACAGUUUCCUCAGCUAUAAAAAUCUAUAGUUUGCCUCUUAAUGUUGAGGGGAAAGUAACAUCCUCCGAAUCUAAUAAUAACAAUAAAGAUAUAACUUUAAUUGAGGUAAAACCAAGUUUUCUUUUAAAUUUGGAUUUGAUACAUCAACAACAGCAUGUACUUUUAGAUACACAAUGUCUACAAAUAUGCUGGUCAGAGUUUGCCGGCCAUCAACACAUUUUUGCUAGUUUCGCCAAUGGUUUUAUUGGCAUCUGGGAUAUAACUAAUGAUCUUCAGCAGAAUCUUAAUCGUUUUGUAGAGAAUGAUAUUAUUAAUUAUGCUCCUCUUAACUAUUUCUAUGUGGGUGAAAAGAGUGUAAAGUGUUUUGCUUUACAUUAUGACACUUCUGGACCUAGAUGGUUGGCUGUUUCUGGUGCCUAUCGUAAAUUUCUUAUUUUUGACAUAAAAUGUUUUAUGCAACCGAUUGUUAUGAGAGAAGACGUUAAUAAAAAUAUUUUACUGUCGAUGGAUUGGUGUCCCUUGUGGGAGACACUAUUAUAUAGUUAUGGUGAUGAUAUUCCUAACAAUGGUCGCUGUGCAAUGGCUGUAAAUCCCACCAACUUAAUGUUUCCACAAAAUAAAUUGGACUUCAUGGUUUGUGGUGUUACCCAAGUGCAUUAUACACGUGACAAUAUGUGCGUUUCCACUUUGGAAAAUGGUGAUAUACUUUUCCUCGAUACCAGAGAAUUGCACUAUGAGUGUCCUGUGGGUAAAAAAUUUGGUGAAAGGCGUAUGCUUUGUGCCAUGGAUGUUAAGCAGUUGGAUGGUAAACCUUUGGCUAAAAUACCCAAAGGAAAUGAAAAGAAUCUUAAUGUUAAAGUACCCACGGAAUGGUCAAUGCAUGAUGAAAAUUAUAAGGAAAAAUAUGGUUUAGUAUUUGAACCGUUGCUAAAGCUUAAGGAAGAACAUAAAAGCGAUUAUUUAAGUGAACAGAGAUGUCCACCUACAAAUAUUAUACCUUUAAUGCGUAUUAAUACGUUACGUUGUAAUUUAAAUCUAAAUGCUAAAAAUUUAAUAGCUAUGGGCUAUGAAAAUGGUUUCCUACGUUUAGUAAAUUUUAAUAAGGAAAGGGAUAUUUGCUAAAAUUAUUUUAAAACAGUUAAAAAAUGUAAAUAAUGUAGAAAAGGCAGUUGUUAUAUUAUCUUAACGAAUAGAAAAUUUCUGUUAUAUUUUAA